AUGAACACGAACGAGAAAGCCAUCUCCGAACACAUCUUCGCCGUGCCCUCAACCUCCAGCAGCAGCAGUACCACUAACGACAUCACCCUCACCACGACAAUAACCUCCAUCACCACCCUAACCACCCCCUUCCACGAUCUCUCCAACCUCACCAUCCUCCCGCAGAUCCUCCGCGAAGGCAUCCUCUUCACCGGCGUCGGCGCCGCCCUCCUGCUGCAAGCCGCCUACCCGGGCAUACAAUCCGCCUUCCCAUACGACUCCCACCACACCCUCACGCACAACCUCACCUCCACCCUCCAAACCACCCUCCAGCACAUAGCAGUCCUCGUCUUCGGCACCCCGCAGGAGAGACCAAUCCUCCUCACUCGCCUCCACGCAGGCCCCGGAAAUUCUCACCGGCAAAUCACCCCCCCGCAAACCCGCCUCUGGAUCGCAGCCACCAUCUACGCAACAGCAACAGAUCUCUACGAGCGCACCUACGGCUGCACCGACCACCGCAGCGCCGAACGCGCCUACGAGGAGUUCACGGUCGUGCUGACCGCGCUGGGUCUGGUGGAGGCGGCGCUGUGGCCCCCCUCGCGCCGGGAGUUUUGGGAGUACUGGGAUGGACAGGUGGCGCGGCUGGCUGUGACGGCGGAGGCGCAUCGAGUGGCCAAAGAGGUGCUUGCGGCCGGGGACCAGUCGAUGGUGGUGCGGGGGAUGUUUCCGAAAGGGUGGGCGAAGGUGUUGAGGCCGGUGGUCAGGGCGCUGACGAUCGAGUUGCUGCCGCUGGCGGUCAGGGAGGCGUAUGGGUUGCGAUCGUCGGGGGCGACGAGGGGGUGGUAUCGCGGGGUGAUGGCUGGGUUUGGUCGGGGGGUGUAUCCUGCGAUGCCGGGGUGGGUGAGACAGUAUCCUUUGCGGGUGUGUCUGGGGAGGUGGAGGGAGGGGGUUGACUAUCGGUAG